UUUAGCAAGCCGUUGUAUUCGACCCAACAUGAGUGAGCCAGAUUCGAGGGACCAAACGGAAAUAAUGGAGGGAAGGUACUGUACCAUUUCGGAGGUUAUGAAAUUAAUCAACCAACCGUUUGACGGAGACAAAAGAAAGUUGAAGGAAUUUAUUGACAAUGUGACCACGGCAUUUGAACUUGUUAGGCCAGAUCAGCAUGACCUCCUGUUGAAAUUUGUGAAGACUAAGAUUACCGGGGAGGCGAGGAGCAAAUUGCUAGUGAGAGAUUUAACGUCGACGUGGCGAGAAGUUAAACAGAUUUUAGAAGAAAAUUAUGAUGUCAAGAGGACAUUGGAUUAUUAUGCCUGUAGGAUGUUCAGCAGCAGGCAGGGCCUGAAUGAAGGCAUAGCGUCAUGGAGCAGUAGGAUAGACACCAUGCAGUCGCAAUUGAGAGAAGCUGCAUAUCGAAUAUGCUCAGAAGAAGAAACAAUAGGGGCGAUGGGAUUAAUUAACCACCUCGCGAAAGCAUGUUUCGUGCAAGGUUUGAGCAAUGAGAGAGUACAGACCAUCGUUAGGGCCAAGGGAGAGGCCGCCUUAUUGUCAGAAUGCAUUGACGCCGCAAUGGAAGAGGAAUCCGCCAUUUUAUCAGCAAAAGAGAGAGGAUUUGCUGCCCCCCGAAGCCAUGCAGGUAGUAGAGAUAAGGGACCUGGUAGAGGGUCCGGGUUCGCACCCCAAGGAGAAUACAGAGGUUAUAAACCCCCUGGACGCAGGGUGAGUUUUGAUAAUAAUACUAGACAUGCGCAUGUAGUAAAGGAAGGCGUAGCCAGGGAGCACGCUGUUAUGGGAAGUAUGAGUGAUAAUAUUAAGUGUCACGCUUGCGGAGCUAUUGGGCACAUAAGUAGAUUUUGUAAGAAAAAGAAUAGACCUGCAUGGAGAGAAAGUGGUAAUACGGGAAACGGGGAGCGGGGACAGGGGAGCAGCCCCACUGUAAACCCCACCCCACGAUAUUAGGCUGCACAAAAGAAGCAACCACAGC